AUGUCCAUACCCCUUCGGACAUGUCUUCUUUCUCGAUGUCGAUGAGGUCGAAGAACACACUUGUGGCCGAUUUUGAUGGGACGGUAGGGAAUGGUCUUUAUUGUUGUUGCAUCGAAGAAGUCGUUGAACGAAGAGUGCGAUGGGCGAUGCAUGAUGACACAACAAUGGUCUAUGGUGUGUUUUACUCUCCCAUGUUUAGUCGAUAAAGGUUUUACCAACGCCUUUGUAUGUCUUGUGGUGAUGCUGCCAUCGUCCAGCUCGAUGUGGUUGCUUUUGUUCAAUAAACCAAACAAUUAUCGCGUCGACACAUUUCUUCUGUUAAUGGAAUCUUAGCAGCUCUUCCGCUAACUUUAAAACAAUUUGAUUGAUUGCGAGAGACAAACCUAUGAGUACAUAGUGCUUUUAAUCCACAGUACUUUUGUCAGCAUCACUUCCUUUGUUGAACAGCUCAGUGUCAAAGGACGAAUUUAGUAGUACUAGGAGAAUAUCACUGUCGGCUGUGGGGCGACGAUGCUUGCUUAAGUACAGUGGCAACGCCAGACUCUUCUGCUCGCGCACUUUACCACCAUGCCGUGGCAUCGGCAGGUCGCGAGCGCGCUGGCCAUGGAGCUCCUGCCGGACAGCAUCCCCGCGGUGUCCGUGGCCGCCGCGGCCGCCGCGCUGUACGCGCGCGCGGCGUCGUCCCUCCUCCGGCCCGGGCUCCCGCGCCUCGCUGCGCUGCUCCCGGUGCUCGCGCUCCUCGCCGCCGCGCCGCUGGCCUUCGCCUCCUCCGCCAUCGUCCGGGGCGUCGCCGCUUUCUUCCUCGCCUGGCUCGGCGCCUUCAAGGUCGCCCUCCUCGCCGCCGGCCGCGGCCCGCUCGACCCGGCGCUGCCCGUGCUCCCGUUCCUCUUCACCGCCCUGCUCCCCGUCAAGCUCCGGCGCGGCGGCGAUGGAGGUUCCGGGGCCAAGUCAGUUUCGCUCGUCUCCUGCGCGGUCAAGGCCGCCGUCAUGGCCGCCCUCGUGGGCCUCUACCGGCUCAACGCCCGGCUGCACCUCUACGCGCGCCUGGCGCUGUACGGCGUCCACACCUACUGCUUCCUGGACCUGCUCCUCCCCUGCGUCGCCGCCGCCGCGGCCGCGCUCGGCAUGGAGACGGAGCCGCAGUUCGACCGGCCGUACCUGGCCUCCUCGCUGCGGGACUUCUGGGGCCGGCGGUGGAACCUCAUGGUGUCGGCCAUCCUCCGGCCGUCGGUGUACGACCCCGUGCGCGCCUGCGCGGGGCCCGCCGCGGGCGUGCUGGCCUCGUUUGCGGUGUCCGGGGCGAUGCACGAGGCCAUGGUGUGCUACCUCAGCCUGCGGUGGCCGCCCGGCGGCGGGAUGGCCGCCUUCUUCGCCCUCCACGGCGCCUGCUGCGUCGCCGAGGGGUGGUGCGCGCGGCGGUGGGCGGCGAGGAGGCCGCCGCGCGCCGUGGCGACGGUGGGUGUGGGGCUGUUCGUGGCGGGCACGUCGUUCUGGCUCUUCUUCCCGGCGCUGCUCAAGGACGGCGUCGAGGAGAGGUUCCUGGACGAGUGGGCUGCCCUGGCGGCCUUCUUCCUCGACGCCGGCGGGAAGAUUCCGUACGUCGCUGUACGGUGA